AGGAUGGCGGCGAGCAGCGGAGCGGAGGCCGGCAGCGCGGCGGCGGCGGCAGCACCGGGCCCGGUGUCGUUCGCGUUCAGCCGUAAAGCGGAGCGGAGGCGGCUGCUGCCGGCGGGGCCGUGCGCGGAGCCCGGCGGGAGCGGGACCGGGAGCGGGGACACCGACCUCCUCACGGCCGUGGAAGGCCGGGAGCUGCUGAGCUCCCGGCCGGCCCCGCCCCCCUCAGACCUCGUGAUCCCGCUCGUGCCCUCGCACCGCUGGCGGAACCCGGAGCCCCCACCCGGGGCGGGCUCAGGCCCCGCCCCCUCCGACGCAAGCCCCGCCCCCUCCGACGCAAGCCCCGCCCCUUCCUCUGACCACGCCCCCUCGGUGGAGGCGCAGGCGGUGCAGGAGCUGCUGCAGGAGGCCCGGCAGAGCCAGACCCACAGCGACGGCGACCCCGGCCCCCCCCUCUCCAUCCCCAUCUGCCUGCAGGCUCCGGACAUCGCUUUGCGGCCCGAGCCGGUGCGUGGGGACUACGCGGCGGUGCCGGUGCAGGCCUUUGGCCUGGCCAUGCUGCGGGGCAUGGGCUGGAGCCAGGGCGAGGGCAUCGGCCGCACCUUUAAGAGGUGA